UGCUGGUGGCAGAUGGGGUAACGGAGAGGAGAGAAGUCCACGUAAUACCAUGCCGAGAUUUGGACUACAUAAACUACAUGCAAAACCUCCAAAUCUCCGAAUUUAAUAUUAAAAGAGGUGGUUCGGUGAAGAUCACGGUACAAUAAUGGGGAAGCACUGGGUUCCACUGCUUGUGCUGCUCCAGCAGCUCCUCUGUGGCUGUGCAGGGAACCAAAGGAUGGCGAGGGCCACCUCCAUGCAGUUCACGCAUUCUCUUUACAAUGCCACCAUAUAUGAGAACUCUGCUGCUAAGACUUACUUAGAAAGUCACACCAAAAUGGGAAUCUUUAUCACAGACCCAGAGUGGGACAUACGGUACAAAAUCAUCUCUGGAGACAAUGAGAACCUAUUCAAAGCAGAAGACUAUCUGCUGGGAGAUUUCAGUUUUUUGCGAAUAAGGACCAAAGGAGGCAGCACUGCCAUUCUGAACCGGGAGGUUAAAGACCACUACGUGCUGACUAUUAAAGCUUCAGAGAGAAACACCAAUUUGGAGUGUCGCACUCGAGUGAAGGUACAGGUACUGGACACCAAUGACCUCAGGCCUCUCUUCUCACCCACGUCCUAUAGCAUCGCUCUGCCAGAGAACACGGCAAUCCGCACAAGCGUGGCCAAAGUCACGGCAACUGAUGCAGACAUCGGUACAAAUGGAGAAUACUACUAUAGUUUCCGGGAGUGGACAGACAUGUUUGCAGUACAUCCAACAAGCGGUGUGGUGACACUGACGGGCAAACUAGAUUACUCUGAGACGAAGCUGUACGAGUUGGAGAUCCUUGCCGUGGACAGAGGGAUGAAGCUGUAUGGGAGCAGUGGUUUCAGUAGCAUGGCCAGACUUACAGUCAGGGUGGAGCAGGCCAAUGAGCACGCACCUGUAAUUACUGCAGUAACCUUGGCCCCCUCUGAUGCAGACCAUGACCCCACUUAUGCCAUUGUGACAGUGGAGGACAAAGAUCAAGGACCAAAUGGAGAAAUAGCAUCACUGAGCAUUGUGGCUGGUGACCCUCUUCAACAGUUCAAGGCUGUAAGAACCAACCCCGGGAGCAGGGAGUAUAAAAUAAAAGCAGUCAAAGAUGUCGACUGGGACAGCCAACCUUUUGGAUACAACCUCACUUUACAGGCAAAGGACAAAGGCAGCCCCCCUCAAUUUUCAUCAGCUAAAUUGGUACAUGUCACUUCUCCACAGUUCAAAGUGGGCCCUGCUGUAUUUGAAAAGGCCGUUUACAGAGUCAAUCUGAGUGAAUUCGCCCCCCUUCACACACCUGUCACUAUGGUAACAGCUGUGCCAAAGUAUCCACAGCUAAAAUAUGCUUUUAGGCACAAAUCUGACAAGAACAGAUUUACCAUCAAUCCAGAUACUGGCUUAAUCAGCACCGCAGGGCCAAUCAAUGCUGAUAUUUCCUCACAAUUUCAGUUGGAUGUGAUUACAAGUGACAAAAAAGCAACAACCAAAGUGAUUGUUGAUGUGAUUGAUGUAAAUAACAAUGCACCUGAAUUCCAGCAGACAUCUUACAAGGCCAGUGUUGAUGAGAAUGUACCCAUAGGGACUAGUGUGGUGACUGUUAAAGCCACUGAUCUAGACAAAGGGGAGAAUGGCUAUGUGACCUACAGCAUUACCAAUGUGAAUCCUCAGCCGUUUGUCAUUGACUACUUCUCUGGUGUCAUCAGUACCUCGGAGGUCCUAGAUUAUGAGCUCAUGCCCAGGAUUUACAAUCUUAAAGUCAGAGCAUCAGACUGGGGAUCCCCAUUCCGGAGAGAGGUGGAAGCAUCAGUCAUUAUAACGUUAAACAACCUGAAUGACAAUAAGCCUUUGUUUGAAAAUGUGGACUGUGAAGUGACUGUGCCGAGAGAUCACGGCGUGGGAGAGCAGAUAACAACAGCAUCUGCCAUUGAUGCAGAUGAACUGCAGCUAGUACGGUACAAUAUUAAAGCUGGGAAUGAUCUUGACCUGUUUGAGCUGAACCCAAACUCUGGCAUGCUUUCACUGAAGCACUCGCUGAGCGAGGGAGAGGCAGCUAAGGUCUCGUUUCAUAGUUUACAAAUCGUUGCAUCUGAUGGCGAACAUGAGACUCAGCCAAUGAUUAUGAACAUAACUGUCAUCACGGCGCGUAAGCCCGUCCAGUUAAAGUGCGUGGAAACCGGAGUUGCUACUAUGCUGGCUGAAAAGCUGCUUCAGGGCAGCAAAAUCCACACGCAGAAUGAGCCGGAUGACAACUUCAUGGACUUUCACUCAGUCAACCGGUACACUCCUCAGUUCUCAGAGUCUUUUCCAAGUGUUAUUGAAGUCAAAGAAGAUCUCCCUGUCGGGGCCCGGAUUGUCCAUUUAAAUGCCACAGACUCAGAUAGUGGCUUUAAUGGGAAGCUAGUGUAUGUUAUUUCAGGAGGAGAUGCAGAAAGCCACUUCAUAGUAGAUAUGGAAACUGGUUGGCUUUUGGUUUACUCUCCUCUUGACCGGGAAACAGCAGAUCACUACACCCUCAACAUUACAGUUUAUGAUCUCGGGAUACCACAGAAAUCCUCAUCGCGUCUCUUGGAUGUUAAAAUCUUAGACACUAAUGACAAUAGCCCCCAGUUUUUGCAAGAAUCUUAUUCUGUUGAAAUAACUGAGAGUACACCUGUUGGGACUGAAAUCAUCCAGGUGGAUUCAACAGAUAAGGAUCGAGGUGACAAUGGAAUCGUCAAGUACUCAAUUUUGGGAGGCACAGAUCAUUUUGCAAUCAAUGAAAAUACCGGUGUGGUGACAGUGACAAAGCCACUGGAUCGCGAGCUCCAUCCAUUUUAUGUCUUGAAGAUUGCGGCACGUGACCAGGCAGUAAAUGAGCCUCAGCUGGUGUCCACAGUGCCCCUCAAAAUCACCUUGGAAGAUGUGAAUGAUAAUCCACCCAAAUUCUUCCCUCCUAAUUACCGUGUAAAGGUGAGGGAGGACCUUCCAAUCGGUACAGUAAUCAUGUGGCUGGAGGCUCAUGACCCCGAUAUUGGGCCUUCCAGUCAGGUACGAUACAGCCUUAUUGAUAAUGGAGACGGGAAUUUCGAAGUAGACAAACUCAGCGGUGCGCUGCGAAUUGUUCAGAAUCUAGAUUAUGAGACAAAACAGGUGUAUAAUCUUACUGCAAAAGCUAAAGACAAAGGGAAGCCCAUAUCUUUGUCAUCAACCUGCUUUAUUGAGGUGGACGUGGUGGACGUGAAUGAGAAUCUUUACAGGCCUAUGUUCCGAUCGUUUGUGGAAAAGGGAUUUAUAAAAGAGGAUGCGGUCAUUGGGACUUCAGUAAUGACUGUAACAGCUGAAGAUGAAGACAGAGGCCGAGAUGGAGAGAUUCGAUACUCCAUCCGAGAUGGGUCUGGCCUGGGGGUAUUCUCCAUUGAUGAGGAAACUGGUAUUAUCCGAACGCAGGAACUGCUGGAUCGUGAGACAACAUCGCACUACUGGUUAACAGUCUAUGCGAUGGAUCGCGGUGUGGUACCCCUCUCUGCUUUUGUGGAGGUCUACAUUGAGGUGCAGGAUGUCAACGACAAUGCACCUCAAACCUCUGAGCCUGUCUACUACCCCUCUGUUAUGGAGAACUCUGCUAAAGAUGUGUCAAUCAUCCAGAUCAACGCAGUCGAUCCGGACGCCAAAGCCAGCGAUAAACUCACCUAUAAGAUCACCAGCGGGAAUCCCCAGGGUUUCUUUGCUAUUAACACCAAGACAGGUUUGGUUACAACAACUUCCAGGAAACUCGACAGAGAGCAGCAGGACGAGCACAUCCUCGAGGUAACAAUCACCGACCACGGCAUUCCUCCAAAAUCCACCACUGUUCGCGUCAUCGUGCAGGUCCUCGACGAGAAUGACAACAGGCCGUUGUUCCUGGAGAAAAUCUACAAGAUCCAACUCCCUGAGCGGGAGAGGCCUGAGAAUGAGAGAGCCAUGAAGAGGUACCCGGUGUAUCGGGUGAUUGCGUCAGACCGUGAUGACGGACCUAAUGCUGAGAUCUCAUACAGCAUUGAGGAUGGAGAUGAACAUGGAAAAUUCUUCAUCGAGCCCAAGACGGGCCUGGUGUCGUCCAAGAAGUUCUCCUCUGCGGGAGAAUACGACAUACUUACAAUUAAAGCUGUCGACAAUGGACGACCUCAGAAAUCCUCCACUUGUCGUCUGCACAUUGAGUGGAUUCCCAAACCACAAGUGCCAGCCGACGCAGCUUCCCUGGCUUUUGAGGAGUCCCCCUUCACCUUUUCUGUCAUGGAAAGCGAUCCUGUGGCACACAUGGUGGGCGUCGUGGCCACUGAAUCCUCCGAUGUUCCCGUGUGGUUUGAAAUCACAGACGGCAUAGAGGAUACUGAGAUGUUUUACAUCCUUCAGAUGGCUUGUGACCACAACUGUACAGCAGAAGGUGGUAAUUAUGACAGCCGCUUUGACGUGGGCAAGGCCAGCGGAACCUUGAUUGUAGCGCGGCCCCUGGACGCAGAGCAGAAAUCAAAUUACAACCUGACAGUGGAAGCCACGGAUGGGACACGAACUGUCAGCACCCAGGUGCUUAUCCGUGUCAUUGACACCAACAACCACCGGCCGGAGUUUUCUGAGAAUGUUUAUGUCGUGAAUGUCCCUGAAGACAAACCAGCGGGGACUGAGGUCCUGCAGAUCAGUGCUGUGGACAGGGACGAGAAGAACAAACUGACCUUUACACUCCUGAGCAGCACUGAUCCGUUCAGCCUGAGGAAGUUCCGACUAGACCCAGGAACCGGCACCCUGUAUACCACUGAGCGACUGGAUCAUGAGACCAUGCAUCGUCACAUCCUGACUGUCAUGGUUCGAGAUCAGGACAUUCCUGUUAAGAGGAACCUUGUGCGCGUUAUUGUCAAUGUGGACGACACCAAUGACAAUGCACCCUGGUUCAUAGGCACACCAUACUCCGGUCGAGUGUUUGAAUCUGCUGCCGUAGGCACGGCGGUGCUCCAGGUUACAGCUCUUGACAAAGACAAGGGCUCUAAUGCAGAGGUUGUCUACCACAUUGAAUCAGGAAAUGUUGCCAACUCAUUUGCUAUUGACCCUGUCCUCGGGACAAUUACAGUAGCCAAAGAGCUUGAUCGCAACAGCAAGACAACAUUUGAACUCACUGUUAAGGCAUCAGAUAACGGAGUACCUCCACUGUCAAAUACAACCACCGUACACGUUCUGGUAACGGUUUCUGACAAUGCAGUCCCCAGAUUUACCGGAGAGGCUUUUUCUGCAGAAGUGAGCGAAUCAGCCCUUCCUGGAAGUUUCGUGACCUCAGUCACAGCCGUCAGCCAGUCGUCUGUUUUCUAUCAAAUAAAAGGGGGCAACAUCAACAAUGCGUUUGAUAUAAAUCCAAACUCGGGAGUGGUUGUAACACAAAAAGCUUUAGAUUAUGAAACCAUCGCUGAAUACAAGCUUAUCAUACAGGGCACCAACAUGGCUGGACUUGCCAGCAACACAACACUUACGAUUCAUCUAAAGGAUGAAAACGACAACGCUCCAGUCUUUGACCAGAGGGAAUUUCAGGGUGUAAUCAGCGAGUCGGCCCUCAUCAAUAGUGUUGUACUGACCCGUGAAAACACACCUUUUGUCAUUCACGCCACUGAUGCCGAUUGUGACCAGAAUGCCAUGCUCAUCUAUCAAAUCGUUGAACCAUUUGCACAUAACUAUUUCGCCAUUGACUCGAGCACUGGAGCCAUCCGAAUUACAUCACCUUUGGAUUACGAACAGAGGAGUGUUUUCCGCUUCACAGUCCAGGUCCAUGAUCUAGGAAUGCCACGGCUGUUUGCAGAGACCACAGCCAAUGUGACCAUUGAAGUAAUUGAUGUUAAUGAUUGCGCACCAGUUUUAAGCCAAGAGCAGUAUGAGGCAACUGUUGUAGUGCCAACAUACAAAGGGGUAGAAGUCAUUCAAGUCAGUGCUACAGAUGCAGACUCUGGGCCUAACUCCAAACUUCUCUUCUCCAUCUCUGAGGGAAAUAUUGGUGAUAAAUUUAAAAUGGAUCCCAUCACUGGAAUAAUCUCCAUUCAGAAUGUCACACAGCUUCGGAGCAGAUAUGAGUUAAAGGUCAGGGUUUCUGAUGGUAGAUUUGCCAGUGUUGCUGUAGUGAAGAUCAGUGUACAGGAAAACAAGGAGAGCAAGCUGAAGUUCACCCGGGAAUCGUACAAAGCCUACAUCCGAGAAAAUUCCUCUGAGAAGAAGACUCUAGCGGUCAUUGCUGCUGUUGGGAAUCAGGUGAAUGAGCCCCUGUUCUAUAAAAUAUUAAACCCUGACAGCAGAUUUGAAAUCAGCCGCACAUCUGGAGUUGUUUCAACCACCGGAAUCCCAUUUGAUCGUGAAGCACAGGACACAUUUGAUAUAGUUGUUGAGGUCACAAGAGAAGACAAAUCUGAAGAUAAGGCUCAUGUUUUAGUAACUGUGACUGUGGAGGACGUAAAUGACAACGCACCUAUGUUCGUGAACCUUCCCUAUCACGCCCUGGUUCAGGUGGAUGCAGAGGAAGGCCAGGUCAUUCGGCAGGUGACGGCAGUGGAUAAAGACUUCGGCCCGAAUGCAAACAUCCAGUAUCAGCUGAAGGAGCAGCAUGAUCACUUUCAAAUUAGCCCAUCUGGUGAAAUCUCACUUAAAAAGAAAUUUGAGAAAGAAGCCCUUAACACAAACUUUGUUAUUGUUGUUAUGGCAAAGGACAGUGGACAACCAGCUCUGUCAGCAGAAAUAGAAGUGCCAGUAAGAGUUGUGAACAAAGCAAUGCCUGUGUUUGAGAAACCGUUUUACAGCAUUGAAAUCCCUGAGAACAUUCAGUUGCGCUCCCCUGUGCUUCACGUACAGGCCAACGAUUCUGAAGGCCCUCGUAUUGUGUACACCAUCUCCGAGGGAGAUCCUUUCAAACAGUUCUCAAUUGAUUUCAACACAGGCGUCAUUCAUGUGAUUCAGCCUUUGGACUUUGAGAUGCAUCCUGCCUAUAAAUUAAAUGUAAGAGCCACAGACUCUCUAACUGGAGCACACUCUGAGGUCUUUGUUGAUAUCAUUCUGGAAGAUGUCAAUGACAACGCUCCUGUGUUCCUGUCAAAGACCUACUAUGCCAAUAUUUCGGAGGCCUCUGUUAUCGGCACAUCUGUUUUGCAAGUUGAUGCCAAAGAUUCCGAUACUGGUAAUAACCAAGAAGUAUUUUUUCAGUUGGUUGAGGAACGGGGGAAGAGUUCUGAUUAUUUUACCAUUGACCGCAACACAGGAAUCAUUUCUACAGCUCAAGUUCUCGAUCAUGAAGAGAUCCAGCAACACAAGCUGAGAGUGCGUGUGGUUGAUGGAGGAGUUCCAGCACUUUCUAGUGACAUCAUCGUGACAAUAGAUGUUACUGAUCUGAACGACAACGCUCCAGUUUUUACCGAGCAUACUUACAGAACUACCAUCAGCGAACUGGCGCCACGUGGGCACUUUGUCAGUCAAGUCCAAGCAUCUGAUCCUGACAGCUCAGACACAAAUAAGUUGGAGUUUUCGAUAAUAUCUGGAAAUGAAGAUCAGAACUUUGCCAUUAACAAACACACCGGUGACAUCACCAUUUCCAACCACCGCAGGCCACAUAUGCAACCUCUUUACAAUCUUAACGUGUCGGUGUCGGAUGGUGUAUUCAGAAGCUCAGCCCUAGUCACCGUAAAAGUUAUUGGUGCCAACUUCCACAGCCCCACCUUUUCUCAGGUGGACUAUUUGGCAGAGCUUGUUGAGAAUUCCCCUGUUGGUACCUUGGUAGCAGAGGCAAAGGCGACCGAUGACGAUGAAGGCAUUUAUGGGCAAAUAACAUAUCAGAUUAUCAAUGACUUUGCAAAGGACAAGUUUUCUAUCAAUGAAAAUGGAGAGAUUUUCACUUUGGAGAGCCUCGAUCGUGAAAACACAGAAGAGAAGGUUAUUCCUAUUUCUCUCAUGGCUAAAGAUGGUGGUGCAAAAGUAGGCUUCAGUGUUGUCAAUGUAAUUCUUACUGAUGCCAAUGAUAAUGCCCCACAAUUCAGGGCAGGUGAGUACAAAGCCACCAUUGCAUCAGACGUCCCGAGAGGAACCUCUGUGGUUAAAGUUGCUGCUUCAGACAUGGAUGAAGGAAGCAAUGCUGACAUCGAAUAUUCAAUUGAGGCAGAUGCUGAAAAUGUUGAGGAAAACUUUGAAAUCCACCCAACCUCUGGGAUCAUUGUAACCAAAGAAAGCCUCAUUGGCCUUGAAAAUGAUAUGUAUGCGUUUUUUGUGAGGGCAAAGGAUACCGGAAACCCACCCAAAUAUUCUGUUGUGCAGGUUUACAUCAGGAUUGUUGCACCAGAGACGCCAAUUCCCAAAUUUGCCGAACCACAUUAUCGUUACACGAUAUCUGAAGACCUUCCUAUUGGCACAGAGAUAGAUGUGAUUCAGGCUGUGAGUGAGCAACCAGUUCUUUACAGCCUAGUAAAGGGCAACAAUCCUGAGAGCAAUGAAGGUGAAAUGUUUGUUGUAGAUCGAGAUAGUGGAGCGCUGAAGCUUCAGAAGAACCUCGACCAUGAGACAACCAAAUGGUACCAGCUCACUCUGCUUGCCCAAACCAACUAUGAAAAUUAUGAGAUAGUUGCAUCUGUAAAUGUAAACAUCCAGGUGAAGGAUGUGAAUGAUAACACACCAGUCUUUGAGGCAAACCCUUAUGAGGCUGUCGUUGUGGAAAACCUUCCAAGUGGGACUCAGGUUAUCCAGGUCAAAGCCAUCGACCAAGACUCUGGAACCAACGGCCGGAUCAUUUACAGCCUUGACCCCAAACAGAACUCGCCCGAGAUCCCUGAGCUGUUUGCAGUCAAUAGUGAGACUGGAUGGGUGACCACCUUAAAAGAGCUUGACCGUGAAAAGACUGACAAAUACAAAAUUUCCAUCUUAGCAACGGACCAAGGGGAGAAAGUCCAACUAAUUACUGGAACCACAGUGGAGGUAACAGUUGGUGAUGUGAAUGACAACCCACCCCGCUUCACUGCGGAGAUCUACAAAGGCACAGUCAGCGAAGACGACCCUCCUCCGAGUGGAGUGAUCGCUAUUCUCAGCACCACAGAUGAUGAUUCUGAAGACAUUAAUAAACAAGUCGACUUCUUCAUCACAGGAGGAGACCCACUAGGCCAAUUUGCCAUUGAACAUAUUCAGAAUGAAUGGAAGGUCUCUGUCAGGAAGCCCCUGGACCGUGAAGAAAAGGACAAUUACCUCCUUAACAUUACUGCUAGUGAUGGCAUCUUCACUGCCAAAGCUGUUGUAGAGGUCAAGGUGCUGGAUGCCAAUGACAACAGCCCAGUAUGCGAAAAGUCUGUAUACAGCGAAAGCGUCCCAGAGGACUCCCCUGCAGGCAGGCUCAUUUUGCAGGUUUCUGCCACAGACGCUGACAUCCGCUCAAACGCCCAAAUCUCUUAUGAGCUCCAGGGAGUUGGAUCGGAAUUGUUCAUCAUUGACUUUGUCACAGGGGAGCUGAAGACCUCGCAGCCCCUGGACCGAGAAGAGAAAGACGAGUACAGGUUUAAAGUGCGUGCGGUGGACGGAGGAGGGCGAUACUGUGAAUCUGACAUCCAUAUUAUUGUGGAAGACGUCAAUGACAACCCGCCGCAGUUCUCAUCUGACCCCUACACCAUCACCGUCUUUGAAAACACAGAGACGGGCACUUUUGUGGCAAAGCUGUCAGCGAACGAUUUGGAUACUGGCCUGAAUAGCGAUAUCCUGUACUCACUGGUUGAGUCCGCUGAUGGAUUUUUCUCAGUUGACGAGUCCACUGGUGUAAUAACCCUGGAGCGUCCCUUGGACCGCGAAGUGCAGUCAGUAUAUGAGCUGAAGGCCCGUGCCAGUGACCAGGGCUCGCCGCGUCUGUCCUCGCUCUGCCAGGUGGUGAUCUCCGUCCUGGACAUCAACGACAAUCCGCCGGUGUUUGAGCACCGUGAAUACACAGCCACCGUGUCUGAGGAUAUGGCCGUGGGUACUCAAGUGCUCAGAGUGCACGCAGCCAGCCGAGACGCCGACGCCAACGGCGAGAUCACUUACAGCAUCAUCAGCGGGAAUGAGCAUGGCAUGUUCAGCGUGGACCCAAAGACUGGUGACGUCUUUGUGAUUGAGCCGCUGGACUAUGAGGCCUCUCAUGAAUACUACAUUACAAUAGAGGCUACAGAUGGCGGUUCGCCACCGCUCAGCGACAUGGCUACUGUGAACAUCAAUCUGACAGAUGUCAACGACAACAGACCCGUCUUUAGCCAGGACGUCUAUACGGCCGUCAUCAGCGAGGACGCCGAGCUGGGAAAGACUGUGAUGGCGGUGAUGGCUGAGGAUUUUGACGGGCCUUCAUACAACCACGUGCGGUACUCCAUUGUGGCCGGUAACCAAGGCAGCCCAUUCACCAUUGAUCCAGUCAGAGGGGAGCUUAAAGUUGCUCGCCAGCUGGACAGAGAGAGAACAUCGGGGUAUACUCUAACAGUGGUAGCCUCAGACAACGGGGCACCCCCUCUUUCCAGCAGCGCCAUGAUCAACAUUGACAUCUCCGACAUUAACGAUAACCCUCCCCUUUUCUCCCAGGCCAACUACAGCCUCAUCAUCCAGGAGAACCGUCCAACAGGCACGAGUGUUCUUCAGCUCACUGUAACCGAUCGGGACGCUUCUCACAACGGGCCACCUUUCACGUUUGCCAUCGUCGCUGGGAAUGACGGCGACGUUUUCCACAUCAAUCAGCAGGGAGCUCUAGUGGCCAUGGGGGUGCUGAAUAGAAAACAUAAAGAAAACUACCUACUGCAAGCACAGGUGUCAGACAGUGGCAAGCCACAGCUCUUGUCCACCACCUUCAUCAGCGUGCGUAUAAUUGAAGAAAGCGUCUACCCGCCCGCCGUUCUUCCUCUCGACAUUUUUGUGUCGACCGCCGGUGAUGAAUACCCCGGAGGAGUCCUGGGCAAGAUUCACGCCACCGACCAAGACAUCUACGACACUCUCACCUACAGCCUCGCUCCUACAUCCUCCUCGGAUGAGAGCAGCGGCUUGUUUUCUGUGUCGCCCUCUGACGGCAAAAUUAUCGCCCUGGGUCCUCUCGAUGUGGGGCACUACCCUCUUAACGUGACGGUGACUGACGGACGCUUCACCACGCCGGCUGACGUCACCGUGCAUGUCAGACAAGCAGCUCGUCAGGCCUUGGAUAACUCCAUCGAUGUGCGCUUUGCGAAUAUCGCGCCCGAGGAGUUUAUUGGGGACUACUGGCGCAACUUCCAGCGAGCGUUGAGAAACAUUGCCGGAGUUAGGAGGAGCGAGGUUCAGUUAGUCAGCCUGCAGCCUUCUGAACAAGGAGAUCUGGAUGUUCUGUUGACUCUAGAGAGAGCUGGCAGUCCCUAUCAAUCUCAGGAGGUUGUCUUCCGGAAGCUGAACUCCUCUGCGGCUGUGAUUGAGGAGAUGACGGGCAUCCGCAUCGUGCGGGUGGCGCAGAAGCUGUGCGCGGGCCUGGACUGUCCAUUACACUUCUGCGAUGAGGUCAUCUCCCUGGAUAAAAACGCCAUGUCCACUUACAGCACGGCCCGCCUCAGCUUCGUCACCCCACGAUACCAGAGAACCGCGACCUGCCAGUGCGAAGGUGGCAGAUGCCCCGUGUUGAACAACCUGUGUGAGAACAACCCCUGUCCUGAGGGUAUGGAGUGUGUGGCAGAUCCCAGAGACACUGAGUACAGUUGUGUGUGUCCUGAAGGCAAAAAAGGCAAAUGCUCCGAUGGCCACUCGCUCACAUUCAGUGGAAAUGGUUAUGUGAAAUACCAUCUGAUGGAGAAUGAGAACAAGGAGCUGAUGAAGCUAUCCUUGCGACUCCGAACUUUUUCCAGCCACGCUACCGUCAUGUAUGCUAAAGGCACAGACUACAGCAUCCUUGAGAUCGUGAACGGCCGUCUGCAAUACAAGUUUGACUGUGGCAGCGGCCCCGGGCUGGUGUCGGUCCACAGCGCUCAGGUUAGCGAUGGUGAGUGGCACUCCGUUUCCCUGGAGGUGGACGGUAAUUAUGCUAAACUCGUGCUGGACCGGGUGCACGCUGCCUCGGGCACAGCCCCGGGCACUCUGCGGACCCUCAAUCUUGACAACAGCAUUUACUUUGGGGGUCACGUACGCCAGCACACCUCCCCUCGCCACGGACGCAGCCUGCCUGUCACCAACGGGCUGCGUGGCUGCAUGGAGGCCAUCACCCUGAAUGGCCAGGAGCUGCCUCUGAACACAAGGGCUCGCUGGGCCCACGCUGUGCUGGAGGACAUCGUGGACGUGGCUCCAGGCUGCGCGCUGGCACCUGCCGAGAGCUGUUCUAGCAACCCCUGCACUAACGGAGGGAGCUGCACCUCGCUGCCUAAUGGAGGCUACUUCUGCAAAUGUCCCGCUUCUUUCAUGGGCACACACUGUGAGAUCCCCAUAAGUCCUUGUGCCUCCAACCCCUGCCUGUAUGGUGGCACCUGUGUGACCCGAGGAGGUGAAUUCUACUGCCAGUGCAGAGGGCAGUACUCAGGACCGAGGUGCCAGUUGGGGCCGUACUGCAGAGACAACCCUUGUAAAAACAGCGGAAAGUGUAUCGACAGCUUGGACGGUCCAGUAUGUGAGUGUGAAGCAGGCUUCCAGGGAGACAGGUGCCUGAGUGAUGUUGAUGAGUGCAUCAAGAACCCGUGUGCCAACGGAGGACAGUGCCAGAAUACGUACGGCUCCUAUAAGUGCAACUGCUCGCAGGGUUUCAGUGGAGCAGUGUGUGAACUCCAGGACGUUCACAGCAAUAAUUUGGUCUCCAACUCCUGGAACAUUGGUUUGGAGGAGGUGAUAGGCAUUGUUGUCUUUGUGUCUAGUAUCUUCAUACUGGUCCUCCUCUUUAUCAUCAUCCGCAAGAAGGCCUGCCGCAGAAGGUCAAAGAGCGAAGAUGAUGACAAACAUCCUGGAGGCUCGAACGUGCCUCACUCCUUCCUCCAGAGACCUUACUUUGAUGCCAAAUUCAACAAAAACAUCUACUCAGACAUCCCUCCUCAGGUGCCCGUGCGGCCCAUCUCCUACACUCCCAGUAUUCCAAGCGACUCACGAAAUAAUUUGGAUAGGAACUCAUUCGAGGGCUCCACCAUACCAGAGCAUCCCGAGUUCAGCACCUUCAACCCAGAUUCUGUGCACGGGCACCGCAAAACCGUGGCCGUGUGCAGCGUAGCGCCCAAUCUCCCUCCUCCUCCUCCAUCCAACUCUGUCUCAGACAGCGACUCCAUCCAGAAGCCAAACUGGGAUUACGAUUACGAUGCUAAAGUUGUGGAUUUGGACCCGUGCCUGACCAAGAAGCCUGUGGAGGACAGUGCCUGUCACCCCUACAACACCAGAGGCAGCAUGUCUGAGGUCCAGUCCCUCAGCUCCUUCCAGUCUGAGUCUUGUGAUGAUAACGCCUCCAUUGUGACAGUUAUCCACCUUGUCAACUCUGCUGUUGACACGGUGGAAGGAGAAGAGUCUUUUUUGGCUCAUGAUCUCAAGAACCCAAGAGGAUAUCACUGGGACACAUCUGAUUGGAUGCCAAGUGUUCAACUUCCUGGAAUCCAGGAGUUUCCACAGUAUGAGGUUGUGGAGUCACCCGCCCCUCUGUACAGUGACCCGAGUGCCAUCGACACCGACUAUUAUCCCGGCGGCUUUGACAUUGAGAGCGAUUUCCCUCCGCCGCCAGAGGACUUCCCUGUAAACGACGACCUCCCGCCGCCACCAUUGCCAGAGUACAGCGACCGCUGCGACACCCUGCGGCCCCUCGGCAGAGACUUGGACCCGCCAAUGACCGGUCCGGGCAGCUCAGGCGCCAUCCGCCAGCGCCCGGCCCUGCCUGAGCUUUACAGCCUUAACCAGUACCUGCCGCAGCACUCCUUCCCAAGCGACAGUGGCGAUACCGAGGGCCUGGGCACCACUUCAGCCUCCGCCACCCCAGCCUCCACCCUGGGUAACAGCGGUUACAGAGGAGGCUACCCUUUAGGUUGCAGUCGGGACUUUGACUCCUCUGCUCUGGACAACAUGUCCAUGUCUCUGUACACGUCCACAGCCUCUUGCUCGGACAUGUCGGCGUGCUGCGAGGAGUCCGAGGUGAUGAUAAGCGACUACGAGAGCGGUGACGAGGGCCACUUUGAGCGGCUGUCCAUCCCGGCGCUGGACUCCCAGCAGCACACUGAAGUCUGACACUGGAUCCAAACAAAAGUGCCUAAACCCACAGCUACACCUUAUGUUAGCCCCUGACCACCACAGACACCAAACACGCACAGAAUCUGGAACCACACACACACACACACACACACUGACACAUAAACACAGGGGUUUGUUGAGACCGGCUGAGAAGGCCGUUCAGCUGAGAAGAUCUGAAGAAGUUAUAGGAAACUCUCUGUAGCCGCUUUGCAUCUGCUCAGCCCAGCCCCCCCCGCUUUAAGUAGCUGUCAUCAUACACAGGAAGUGGAUUGUGCAAAGGAUCGACAUCUCAACGUGCAACAGGAAAAACAUCACGACAAAAAAAAAAAGAAAGAAAGUAAAUGUCUUUGUUUCUAUAAACAAAACCAAGCAAGAUGUUUUUAUACAAGUCUUCAUUUUCAGUGUAAAUUUAAAUGUACAGUUUUGAUUUCAAAGUUUACUAGGUUUUGUAGAUAUUCUAUGCUUUUAUUUUCAACAAAAAAAGUUAAAUGGUGUGACAUUAUCAGCCUUACUGUGCGUACAUUCAUUAAGAAAAAAAAGAAGUGUUUAAAAAAGAGAGAUAAAGAGAAGAGCGUGACUUUUCUGAACACAGUGUACUCGUAAAGUUUGUUGUCUCUUGCUCAUUUCAAAAAGGGUCUUCAAUGAACGACUGCAUAUUCUUGUGUUGUUUAUUUUUUAUUUGUUUGUUUGUACAUUUUGACUUUGGAACCUCUUUAUUUUUCCACCAAGAAAAUGGGACCCAAUAUAUUUAUAGUGCAGAGUUAUCCAUGGACACGUGACUUUUUCAGGUGUCUGUGUGUGUCUGAGCAAUGCUAUGGUCUUGUUAAGGUUUUUAUUGAAUACUGCCACAAGCUCACGCUUUCCUACUGGCAAUAAAUUAUUCCUAAAAAAUA